AUGAAGAAGAGAGAGGACAACAGCAGCCUUGUGUUCACUGUGGAUGUCAAGGCCAACAAGCACCAGAUCAAAAAGGCCAUGAAGAAACUCUAUGGCAUUGAUGUGGCCAAAGUCAGUGCACUGAUAAGGCCUGACAGAGAGAAGAAGCUUCUCAGCUCUGAGGUGAGUGCCACAAAGAGUAACCUACCUAUGCUCAGUACCACAGGUUGCCCGCAGGAGGGAGAAAUGGGUAAAAUGAUCCAAGAAGAAUGUCUCCCAGUCGUCUCCCCCAGGUAUCCUGCUAAGCUUUACUGCUGCUGUGGAGUAAUCGCAGUCCUCACUGUAGCUGUAGUUGCUCUUUCUGUUGCUAUCACAGUAAGAAAGACAGAACAGAUUUCAAUCAAAAAUACCUAUGGUGUUUGCCCAGGAAAUUGGAUCGGAUUUGGAAAGAAAUGUUUUCAUUUUUCUGAAUACUCAAGAAACUGGACAUCCAGUCAGACCUUCUGCAUGGCACAAGGGGCCCAACUUGCUCGAUUUGACAAUGUAGAGGAGCUGAAUUUCCUAGCUAGAUAUAAAGGCUUUUUUGACCACUGGAUCGGCCUGCAAAGAGAGUCAUCAGAACAACCUUGGAGGUGGACAGACAACACUGAGUAUAACAAUUUGAUUCCCAUCCACGGCGAUGAAAAAUAUGGCUUCCUGAGUGACAGGAUCAGCAGUAGCAGGGACUACCUUAAUAGGAAGUGGAUUUGUAGCAAGCCCAGUAGCAACACUUCAUAGUGCUAGUCGUUUCAUGUCCUGGCUAUGUCAUAGCAAUCAUGAGGAACACGUAACAGGUUAUCUACUGUUGCUUCCUCAUUAACGAUCUACUACAAUCAUUAUCACAAUCAGUGAGUGCAUAAUGCAUGGUGACAUCAAAAAUAACAACUCUCUCUGAGGGCUAUUCACGUUUGCUUCAGACAGGAUAGGAUAUCCCAUCUGUAUAUCCCAUCUAAAGGAAAUACAGAGAGGAAAAAAGAGUAGAGCAGAGACUGAAGGAAAGGCCAUCCAGAGACUGCCACACCUGGGGAUCCAUCUCGUAUGCAGCCACCAAACCCAGUCACUAUUGCUGAUGCCAAGAAGUGCUUGCUGACAAGAGCCUGAUACAAUUGUCUCCUGAGAGGCUCUUCCAGAGCCUGACAAAUACAGAGGCAGAUGCUUGCAGACAAAUAUUGGACUGAGCAUGGGUUCCCCAAUGGAGGAGUUAGAGGAUGGACUGAAGGAGCUGAUGGGGUUUCCACCCCAUAGAAAGAAAAACAAUAUCAACAAACCAGACCAUCCAGAGCUUCCAAGUACCAAAGAUUACGCAUGGAAGGACCUAUGUAUCCAGCUGCAUAUGUAGCCUAUGAUAGACUUACCUGAUAUCAAUGGAAGUGGAGGCCCUUAGUCCUGUGAAGACUUGAUGCCCCAGAAGAGGGGAAGGCUAGGACAGUGAGGUGAGAGUGGGUGGGUGGGUAGUGGAGCACCUUCAUAGAGGCAGAGGUGUAGGGAAGAUGGGAUAGAGUGUUUUUGGAGGGAAAACUGGGAAGGUUACUAUUUUGAGCUGUAUAUGAUGGAGAUCUGUACAGAUGUUUAUAAAUGAACAGAGGACAAACUUAUCCUUAAGUGUAAUCUUAUAAGUAUUUAAGUCAAGUACUGAAAAGGCCAAAUGAGUCAAAGAAGACUAGGAAGGCAAGCUCUUUCUCAAUAGUUUUAACCAUUUAGAGGUAGCUUUUGCAGCAUGGAAUUGUAGGGGUUUAGCAUCUCUUAUACAAAUCAGUAAAUUUAAAGUGUUUUGAAUUUUAUCUAGCUUUUGUAAGCUGUUAUCUGUGUAUUAAGGUUCUGAAACAUAAAGUGGAAGCAUAACAAAUGAAGGUUGAUGAAAUGCCAAAAUAGAAAUUUCUUGUACAAUAUAUCUUGUAUCUUGUAUAUAAUACAAGGUAAUUAUAUAUCUUGAUAUAUAAUUAGUCAGAUUAUAUUGAAUCUGAACUCUUAUAAUUACAGCAGGUUACAUUGAACAAAUAUCUAGACAUAAAAACAUUUAUUUGUCCAGUAAUCAACACGUAAGGCAAGGAUACACAAGCUGUUACAAAACCUGACAAGAGACAUGGCAUGGUUUUUAGAGUGUACGCAGGGUUCCACUGCUCCCACGCAUCAUUUUAUCCUGUAGAGUGGGAAAAUGGAUGUUCAAUUUAUCUUCUGUGUCUGUUUCCUGUCGACAUUUGGAUGCUGCAAAAUGUCCUAGGAGGGCUUAAAUGCUAGUCAAAGGCUGGGCAGUAGGACAUCCAUCAAAAGCAUCUGUUUACCUAAUCCAGAUGAAAGACAGGAAGCAAUCACGUUGGCUGAACUAGUUAAUAUCUGCCUUCAGCAAGGCCACAUUUGAGCAGCUCCACAGGGUGAUCCCUGGAUGGAGUCUGUCAGCCAGAUGAAAAUCUACUGAGACAAAUGUAGACUAGGAACAGAAAUUAAAAUUGUCUAGCAAUUGCGGAAGUUAAGAAAUCCCAAGAGCAAAGGAAAAUUCUAUUUUCAAGAACAGGCAGGUAUACUUAUCUGGAGUUCAUUAGAUCUGUGACAGGCAGGUCUAAGUCUUAGGACUCUUGAUUCUCUGAAUCCUAUGUAAACUUUAGUUUAUAUAAGGAUAUAUAUUAGUAUUUACCAUUGUAUUGAAAUCUGUUUUAGAAAAAGUAGUUAACAGGUGUCUGUUAUAAAAACUAUAGUUUUGCAUCUGUAGAUAUAUAGUUUGAACAGAAAUGUUUUCAGCAUGAUGAGAAGUGUUUUUAAGUUUAUAUUCAGAAAAUAACUAAAGGGAAAUUAAAAUUUUGAGUUUGUAACUGAAUUGUAAACUGUCAAUGUUUCAUUAACUUAUUAGAACUUCAUUGAUCAAUGUUAAAAAUUUGAACUUUGAAAUAACAAAAGUAUGUGGGAGGAAUAUAAAACACCUCCUUUUUAAAAAAUAAUUUCUUACAUCUCUAUAAUUUGCAUUUAUAUACCUUAAAACAUCUUCUUAGCACCUCAAACAUUUAUUACUUGUAUUUAUCAGCUUAUGUUAGGGAAGACAUUGGAACUUGAAUUUAUAUAACUCUGUUUUGACAUAUUUAAGAGCUCUGAUGAUUCCUCUCCAAAGAAUAGGUGAUAGACAUGUCAUAAAAAGAAACAUGAUGCAAAGUCCUGCUAAGCCCAGUGUGGGGCUUGAACCCACAACCCUGAGAUUAAGAGUCUCAGGCUCUACCGACUGAGUUAGCUGAGCUCAUUUAGCAUCUUGUGAAAAACACAAAUAUGUUUUCUUCCCCAUAUUAAUAUAAGAUCAGUACCAUGUCAUAUGCCAAUAAAUGGAUCCUUUCCUUUCACCUGUGCAUCAGUAUGCCUACUUGUAGGAUGCCGUAAAUGCUUAGCAGAGAACACCCUGGCAUCCAAUAUUAAAAAAUUCAAAAUAAAAGUGAAGGAAUAUACAACUCCCCUUUUUUUAUUUUAAGCAACUGAUUUCAUUAGAUUGUUCCAUAAUUCUCUGUCCUUGAGGACAUGUAGAAUUAUGUAUUUCAUAUAGAUUAUAGCUCAUAGAUUUAACUUAUAUUCAAUUUAUAUUUUAACACAUUUAACUUUUAUUUAAUGUAUUUAAUUUUUGUUUAAGUAUACCUUUAAGAUUUAAGUAUAUAAUUUUUGUUUACUGUAUAAAAUAUAUACACUAAUGUAUAUACAUCAUAUUAGUGUAUAUAAUUUAUAUUAAAUGUAUAUAAUCUGUAUUAAUCUCUUAUAAUUUAUAUUUAAUAUUCAAUUUAGUUUUAAUAUGCAUAAUUUAUAUGUGUGUAUAGACAUAUAAAUAUGUAUAUAGUUAUUGAGAUGGGUUAUCUUCUCAGGACAUUUAAAGUAUACAUUUUAUAAACAUGUUUAAGUGUAUGUAAUUUCUGACUUGUAUGAUAAAGUUAGUUUAUAUAAUUUAUAUUUGGGGUUACCUGCAUGAAACCCAGGAAUGCUAACUGCUUGCUCAUGCCAGAGCUAAGAUGUCUGCAGUGCUGUCUACUGUAGAGCUCCAGAGAGGGAGUGGCUUGCCCACCUUCAACAGGCAGCUGCUGCCUGAGUCUCCAUUCCCGUGGGAGUCAGUGGAUGCUCUGGCCAUGAGUGCAGAUCAGCAGAGCCCUAAGUGUGGCUGUCCCUGGCCUCCUACUAGCUGCCACCUCUGCAUCUGGCUCCCAGGUUGCUAAAUGUAUUAUAACUUCCUCAGGAAACCAAAGAGAAACCUUCUACACAAGAUCUAAAAAAAUAUGUAAUGUCUGUUGCUAUAUUUUAACAAAGUAUAUUAUACAAAAAGCAUAUGGUUUUUUCCAUGUCUCAUUUUUUUCUUUUACUUUUUAUAAGCUUUCUUACUUUUUCUGAGCUUUCUUAUUUUAUUCCCAGACAAUUCUCACUGUACCUUUACAUUUUCUGAGCACUUGUUUGGUUUUUUGUUUUGUUUUGUUUUGUUUUGUUUUGUUUGGUGUCUACCUCUUAAUCCCCACACUCUCAGAGAGUCCCUAUUUGAGUUCUACCUAUACCUGUCUGGCCAGUCAGAAGAACAUGAACAGCCCUCUGAGGGAGGAGUGAGGAUGAUUAUAGGAAAGAGAGAAAAAAGAUGCAAGAGACAGAUAUGGGAGGGCUGCAGGUCAUUACCAUGUCAGCUCUUAGUGUAUUCCACACAGCCAUCUUAUAUUGCAGUACUGUGGGAAGCAAAGCCACAAGCUAACAGAAACAAUUUUGUUGAAAUAUACACAAGGCAUUUGUUCUCAUCCCCAAAUCUCCUUUUUCUACUACCAAGGUCAAUAGAAUCUUUAGCUCUCAAUCUUCAGCCUCAAGCACCCCUUAUUGUUUUAUACCUCAGCAGGCCAGGAAUUUUGCCAACAGAUCCUGACCUGUCUUGACUCUGCUUGGCAGACAGUCUCUCUCUCUCUCUCUCUCUCUCUCUCUCUCUCUCUCUCUCUCUCUCUCUCUCUCUCUCUCCUCCUCCUCCUCCUCCUCCUCCUCCUCCUCUUCCUCCUCCUCCUCCUCCUCCUCCUCCUCCUCCUCCUCCUCUCCCUCUGCUUGAGAGAAGUAGCAAAUGGCUCCUGACAAGAGGACAGGACCAUGGUAGGCUCCUGUCUGCAAGUACAACAUAGUAACAUGGCAUCAGAUAGUGUCAGAGUUUGGUACCUGCGCGUGGGAUGGAUCCCAAGUUGGGCUGGUGACUGGAUGACCUUCCCUUCAGUCUCUAUUCCAUUUUGUCCCUGCAUUUCUUUUAGACAAGAACAAAUAUGGAUCAAAAAUUUUGAAAGUGGUAACCUCUACUUUUAUGACCAGAUAUAAACUUUUCCCCCCAUUGUUCUUUGUUUGAAUGGCUUGGGCCAUAAAAAAAAAUUAAAGGGCAAAUAACAGUGUGAAAUGAUUCUGGUACAACAAAAAGAAGAUUAUUGUUCUGUGGCCUUCAAAUAUUUUUAGAAUCCUCAACAUACUUUUACAAAAUCCAAUGACCAACAUGAAGGGAGACCUAGACAGUAUUAAAACCAGUAUUGCACUUUCUGUAAUUUAAUUAAUAAGGAAUGUUUGUCAAGAUAAUUUUAGAUUUACUUCUCAGUUUUCUUGUUUUAGUUAAUGUAACUAAGAACAUGUGCUAAACAAUGUCAUUUUUACUUUCUUAACUGUCACUGUGUCAAAGAGCUGUUCUGAUUUCAUGACUUUCAUCCUUUCCAGUGAAUGUGGCUGUACCAGUCACUGUUUUACAGGAGUUAAAUUAACAGAUUAUCAGAAUGUCAUCAAUUGAUAUAUUAAACUUGGAUUAUUGGAAGUUCUAAUAUUAUAUUUAUCUUUUAAGACCCUUAUGACUUGUAUAAACCUCAAACAUUUUCUAUAUCAUUACAAAGCAAGUUUUUUUAAACAAAGGAACAGUAAAAGGUUACAUUGAAAUUUGUUUUGUUUUCUUUAACAUGAGGCCUCUCAGCAAAGCAAUCCUCUUUAUGAGUUUGACUUUCUUACCCAGAGACCCAGGAGCUCUAAAAAAAUCAAGGCCUGAUUUUUAUAUAUGCAAUGACCAGACAGCUGCUAUUAAACUGAUGAAGUUACAGUUAACCAUUAAUACCACCAGAGAUCUGAGAAGGAUAAAUUUGAACAUAAUGUAUAAACCAAAUGGUUUCUGUAUCAGUACAGCAGUUACUUAACUGUUGAAUAGACAGUUAACCUAGCCUUCUCCUCUGCAAUCUUUUAAUCUCAAUAGAAGGAGUGGCUCUGUCUUCAGUGAUCACACAGGCCAGCAUUGACUGCCCACGCAGCAUUGCACGGACAUUCUGCUGCCAUGCCCUGAAGAUUCCUGUAGGAGAGAAACUUGAGAGGCUGACCCACAUUGCAAGGGAAAGAGGAGCAAUCAAUUCUUCAGGAUCCUGCUUGUCUAUAGUCUCAGUGGGUUCCUCCAGUGCAUGAGGCAUGAGGCAAUCACUUCAGUGUUUAGCAUUGCCAAUGAUCCAGGGGGACUCAACUCUUUUAGGCUGCUGUUAGGAGUUGGUAUCUUAAAUGUUUAGUAGAUCUCUAAAAAGGUUUUAGGGCCAUCUAAUUAGUAAUUUGAUUUUAAAAAUAUUUCAUUUGUUUUGUGUUACUUGCUUUAUGUUUAACCUUGCAAACAUUUAUAGAAGGCUGAAUAAAGCUUAUCUCUGUAAAUGAA